AUAUGGGUCCCGGGCGAUGGGUCUGGGGUCUGGGAGCGUUGGCUUUGCUCUGUGGGGCGGCAGCAGCAGCAGCGGCAGUCCAAGAGGAUCCCGUUCAUCUUUUCUCUCAGGUGUUCUUUUGCCAGAGAGACUCCCCGUUCUCUGGCCUGGCCCAAACCCUGGAUGACGAUCAACUGUUCUGGUUUGACUUUCCGGGAUCCCUCUGGCGCCCACGCCUGCCCGAUUUCCAGCCAGAAGUGCAGAACCGGACGUCCCUGGAUAUAGUCAUGCAGCAAAGUAACUUGUGCAACCAGAUCCUGCAUUUCCUCACCAACUUUUCAGAUAAAUAUAUACAAAUGCCCGAAGCAAAAGGUAUCCCUCAGGUGGAGGUCUUCACCCUCCAGCCCCUCCAGCUGGGCAAGGCCAACACCCUGGUCUGCUCCGUGACCAACGUCUUCCCGCCGUCAGCUACCAUCACCUGGGAGUACCGGGAGGCGCCGGAGAAGCAGGGGGCGAUCACUACGCAGAUCUACCCUGUCCAGUUCCUGGACUUCCAGAUCUUCUCGUACCUGAACGUGACCCCCCAGGAGGGAGACAUCUACAGCUGCACCGUCCGGACCCCCCGGGCCAGUUCCUCCAGCGUGGGUUUCUGGGUCCCCAAAGAUCCCAUCGCCUCGGAACUCCUGGAGAACGUCCUGUCCGGCAUCGCUUUCGCCGUGGGAAUCCUUCUCAUGAUCGUGGGGUUUAUGUUUCUCGGCAUGACGGCCAGGCUCAUGAGCGCAGACUGACCUCCCAGACCAGCACGAGGAAGAAGACUCCGAUGAUGAUGAUGAGAAGUGGCCUUGGCUUUGUCUCCAGCCCUUGCCCUCCCCCAUCUGCCCGCCCACCCACUCAAUGCUACUGUUACUGUCCCUGGAUGCUGGGAACCCCAAUUUGAGGAGGGUCAUUCUAAUUUAGGAGCAGUGAGCCCCACCCCCUUCUCAAUGCAGGAGUCCACCCUAAAGCAUCCCUGACAGAUGGUUGUCCAGCUGCCUCUUGAAGGCCUCUAGUGUGGGAGAGCCCACCACCUCCCUCGGUAGCUGAUUCCAUUGUCGCACUGCUCUAACAGUCUGGAAGUUUUUCCUGAUGUCCAGCCGGAAUCCUGUACGUUAUGACUGUCAUCUGAGGCUUUCUUCCAGGUACCUCCUCCAAGAAGGCAACAAGGCAGAGGGCCUUCUCAAUGGUGGCCCCACAGUUAUGGAACACGCUCCUCAGUGAGGCGUACCCAAGCUUUUCAUCCUUUUGGUACCAGGUCAAGAUGUCCCUCUACUCCCAGGCAUUUCACAGCAUCUGAUAAGGUCUUAAAAGUACUGUUUUUGAUUGUUCAUAGAAUCAUAGAAUAGCAGAUUUGGAAGGGGCCUACAAGGCCAUCGAGUCCAACCCCCUGCUCAAUGCAGAAAUCCACCCUAAAGCAUC